GCGCCAUGGCCGUCCCAGGUUGCAACAAGGAUAGUGUUCGAGCAGGGUGUAAAAAAUGUGGUUACCCUGGUCACCUGACUUUUGAAUGCCGCAAUUUCCUCCGAGUAGACCCCAAGAGGGACAUAGUCUUGGAUGUGAGCAGCACAAGCAGUGAAGAGAGUGAUGAAGAGAAUGAGGAACUGAAUAAAUUGCAGGCACUACAAGAAAAAAGAAUAAAUGAAGAAGAGGAGAAGAAAAAAGCAAAAAGCAAAGAGAAAAUCAAGUUGAAAAAAAAAAGGAAAAGGUCUUAUUCAUCCAGUUCUGCUGAAGAGGACACCUCAAAACCAAAGAAACAAAAAUAUCAGAAGAAAGAAAAGAAAAAAGAAAAAAAGAAUAAGUCAAAAAAGGGGAAACAUCACAAAAAGGAAAAAAAGAAGAGAAAAAAGGAAAAGCAUUCUUCCACCCCUACUAUUUCUGAAAUCUCCAAAAAAUAACAGACUGUGGCUUUAACCCACUAAAUUUAAAAUUUUGGUUUUGAAAAUCAUUUCACCUUCCUUGGAAUUUGCUAUAUAAUUAUGCUUUGCAAUAAAUCACGGGCUUGUUCAUAUGGACAUUUUUUUCACAUAUGAGACCAUUAUCCUCUGGCAAUAUAUUUUUAAUGUACUAUGAUUAUAACGUAUGAAUCAGUCUUAUUACUUGAUAGGUGUGCCCCAAUAUGGAUAUCUGUACAUACAAACACAUCAUUUUUGGUAUUCAUGUCUCUGUACAUUUGACUAGUAUUUUUACUUCAUAAGUUGAUUGUACUAUGGUCAACACAGGUAAUCUACCUGGCAGUUAAUGAGUAUUGCCGAAUCAAGUGUCUACCUUCCAGUGAUACAGUGAGAUAGGGGAUAAUGCUUUGCUCUUGACACUGAUGAAUUUAAUAGCUUUUUAUAUCCUAUGAUAAUGUAUGAAGAUAGUAAUAUUCUUCACUGUUGUUUUUUAAUCUCUGGUUUUUUUGGAUGUCAUAGAAGAUGAAGCUGAUUUAUUGGUCUUGACUAGAACUUUUUAAAUGAAUGGAAAAGGAUAAUGAAAAUAUUUAUAACAAAGUUUCAUUGUGUUAUGACAUGCAGCAUUUCUAAUACCUGCCUCCUUAUUUUUGUAACUAUUAAAAUAUUUCUUCCUGUUUAAAAACACAAGCCUAGUUCAGCCUAUUAGUCUCAUAGAGAUAAUGUUGUGUUGGGCAGGAUUUUUAGAAUAGACUCCUGGGUUGUUUUACAAAUGUGCCAUAUUGGCAUGUCUCAGAGUGAUACCUCAAGAACAGAACUCUUUAUUUAGGAGAUGACAAUGAAAUCUUCAUUAGAGCUGAUUUUUAUUGUAUUCCGUAUGUAAAUUUUAUGAAACUUGUUUCUAUGGGUAAUGUGGAAAAUUUUUAUAAAUGUGAACAUAUAUAUUUAUUUGUCUGAAAUAAUUUGUAGUUUUGAAGCAGGUUUCACACCGAAUUAAUGCUUUCAUAAAUGACCAGUGUGGGGUGUUUCUUUUACUUCAGUCAUAAACCUCAGGAGCAGUGAUAAAAAUUUAGGAUUAAGAAUUUUAUUCUGUACUUUUUAAAAUUUAAGAGCCAGGGAGUUGCAUCAUGAAAGUCUUUAUAUAACAAUGGAAAUUUUAUAUGGGUAAGCAUUUUCAAACAAUAUUAGUAGAUAUAAGUGUUUCUUACAUUUUAAAUGUCACAGUGAUCAGUGUUAGUUACUGUACUUAACAUUCGGGUAUCCCUUAUGCCCAAUAACUUAAAUACUUUUAUUGUAGCAGCAUCAGGAGUCAAUCCAUUACCAAUGCACAGCACCAAAGACUGCAGGUACCUCACUGCGGUGCAGUUGUAAGUUUUCAAAUUGGUAACCUACAGACAUGGCUACAGAUGAACUCAUUAUGGGGAAAUCAGGUAAGUACACGUAUCCUCACAGGCUGGACAGGUGUACUGAUUCUUUCUUCACCCAGCACCCCCCACCUGGCAUGACCUCAGUAAGCCUGGGGAGCCUCACAACCCCUGUUAACGUCUGCUUACCAUGCUCAGCUUCUAGGGAUGCUGCACCCACAUCCCUGUCCUAUCGCGUUACAGCCAUGGAAGCUCUCACACUUACAGCUUUUCCAUACCUAAUUUAGUCAUAUGGCCAUGAAAAGAAAUUACCUUGUUUAAAUUAGGUUUAGUCAGUUGUUUGGAGAGAAACACAGAGUUAUUAGGUUUUUAAGGGCUUGUUUUGCCUUUGCUGUAUUUUAUGUAUUUUUGAAAUCUGUAUUUUCUGAAAAUAUAGUUCUUUGGCUAUCAAAAUGACCAAAUAAGUAAAAAAAAGUCUUAUUUAAAUUAUUGGAAAGUGCCAUAUGCAAAAGAAUGGUUUCAUCCUAUUGAGUGUGUAACGUGGUUAAUAUGAUAAUUUUAGUGAAUAGAGUUAAUUUAGUUAUUCGUAAGUUUAAUUCUGUUAAUUGUAAAGAUUAUAAUUUGGCUCAUUAAAUUUAUUUCUGCAUGGUGACAUGAUUAAUAAUGGUUCAGAGAGUUACAUAAAAUUCAGCUCUCAUUAACUCUGUGGUAUGCAAAUUAAAAGAUUUUAAUGCUUGGUAAUUAUUUUCCCCCAGAAACAAUCUUGGAAUUAUUCUUAGGUAAAUUUUCUAUCAUAUGAGAAUAGUUUAUGAAGCACCUCCUCUGAAUUAAAUAAAUUUGUUUUUACUAAAGUAAUUUUCUUCUAAAGUGAUACUAUUAUUAUUGGUCUUCAAUGCAAAUCUCAGUGGUAUAUUUUAGGGGAAAAAAUAGUGAAAUUUACUCUUUGGCAGUAAUAGCAGGCAGAAAAGUCAAUUUUGUAGUAAAAAUCCAAAAAGUCCUGGACUUUCUAACUACCUAUGUGACCUUCAGCAGAGUCAUUUAGUUUCUCUUGGCCUUGGUGUUUUUCAUCUAUAAAAUAUUGUACUAAGAUCCCUUCCAGUCCUUAAUGUAUGAGUAUUGAUAUUUUAGUAAAAUUCAGGUGAUAUUGUUCAUUUUAGAAAUUAUUACAGAUGACCGGGUAGCAGACUGCAAUGAUAAAGGUGAAAUUUAUUAAUACUACUGUUAAGCACAUUCAGCUUUUGCAAGCAGGUAAUUGAUAUUUGGUUCACAUCCUCACCAUCCAACGUGCACCAUUUUUGCUAGAUGCAGACAGAAUUUUUGUUUAGACCUGUAUCAAUAAUCACGUUAUCUGAACACCUUGAGGCUACUGCUUCUGGGGUGAUGGACCCACUCCCCACACAAUUCCCUAUUUUCUCCUGAUCAUCUGUUGACUAACAUCUCUCAGAGGACUCCCCAGUGCUUCACACUUAAUACUCACCUGCUUUUUGAUCUUUGAGGCCAAAACAUCAGUAAAUGAGCAAAAUGCAUGUAUCUAUACUUACCACUCUCAAAUUAUAGAACCCUAGGUCACCUUCAGUUAAACUAGGUUGAAGAGUUAUUAAUAGUGUUCAUAAAAAUGUCAUCGUGGCCUUUCUUCAACAAACAUUUAUUGCAUCGCCUGGCACGGCAAACACUCUACUAAGCACUGGGAAUACACAGAUUAAAAAGACUAAUUGGCUUCCCUGAAGACGUUCGUCAUUCAGUUGGUAGGAGAAACACAGCACUUUAGUGCAGUAAUUGACCGGAACGUGGGUUUAGAGAAACACAUAGGGGUACUUCACCAGCUCUGGAGAAGUUGGAAGAGGCUCCUUAGGGAAAGUAGUGCUUGAAGUACAUUUUGGUUGAGGAUGAGGGUGGCAGUUAUGGUAGUUCCUGACCAGUGGGCACUGUGAACAAAGACCACAGUGGAGGCUGGGGGGUAUGUGUGUCAGAAUUAACAAGCAAUCUGUGAAGCCGAAGAAGUAAGAUUUCAGACUCCCAUCUAGGUUCUCGGGAACAAAAGGAGGUCGUCUUAGGUUCCAUGUUUAGGGAGUUUGGACUCUAAUGUGUAAGCAGUGAGGCACCAUGACAGAAUUUUAAGGAAAGAAAUGACUUAUUGGGGUUUGGUUUCAUUUAUUUCAUAAUUCCACCAGUUUUAAAAGAUGAAAUUGCUCUCAUUAGAAGGCCACAUAAAAAUGAUUAGAAUCUUUACGUCCUAUUAUUUAUACUCUUCUAGUCCCACUUUUCUAAGAUCUGCUUAUUACCGAAAAUCAUACAGUGACUUGUCUCCUAAACACACAUAAAGUUGCAGUAUUCUUUAUCAGACCUGUCCCCAGAAUUACAUGCAUAUGUACAUACUAUGAAAUGUGUUUUGUUUUUAAUUUUAUUUUAGAUUAUUUUUGACUGACAAAUUCUGUUACUAUGUUAGUAUUUGUUAUGUCCAAAUAAAUCAUUUAAAAUGU